ACCUCAGCCCUCGUUGAGUACGCAACCACAGAAACACUCUCCACUCUCGCAAAUCUCGCCAUUUGAUCGCUCUCUCGAUCAUCACCGGAAAUUAAAACUAAACUUUAAACUCGCUCAACAAAAUGGCCGCCAACUACAAGAGCUGCCCGCUCAAGAAGCGCCCCAUCGUCUUCGUGGACCAGCAAACCGAGGCCUUGGCCCUGACCAAGGACUCCGAGUUUGCCGUGUUUGACGAACCCCAGGAUUUGUCCGUGAAACGCAUCAAGCUGGAUGCCGAUCAUCACGAGCAACCGGACUACGCUCUCAAUCUCUCCAAGACACCCGAAAGGAUGCCGUUCUCCAGCCCCAGUUCCUGCCUCUUGUCGCCGCCAGCCGAUGGCCAGGAUUACCAGCCACCCACCAGCAACAUCCAUCUGAGGGGCUUGACUGCCGGAACCACUGGUUACACCACCUCCAGUCCCACCGCCAAUCCCUUCCAGUCUGCCUUCGUGAUGGCAGCCGGCUGCAAUCCGAUCUCGGCUUUGUGGAGCAGCUACCAGCCCCAUUUGGCCGCCUUCCCCUCGCCCGCCAGUUCCAUGGCCUCACCCCAGUCGGUCUACAGCAGCGGCUACCCCCAGCAGAUGAUGACACCGCCCUCGAGUCCCGGUUCCGAGGUGGACUCCGGCUCGGAACCCGAGGAUCUCUCUGUGCGCAACGACAUUCCAUUGCCGGCUCUGUUCCACCUCUUCGAUGAGGCUCGGUCCAGCAGCAACAGCAGUGUGACCAGCAGCAGCUCAUCCACCGGAUCCUCCUACCUGUACAACUCCUCGAACAGUUCAACUGGAUCCGGUUCGGGAUCGGGAUCUGCUGCCUCCAGCGCCGCCAAGAACUACCGCUUCAAGUGCGAGCAGUGCCAGAAGAUGUACUCCACCUCGAUGGGUCUGUCCAAGCACCAGCAGUUCCACUGCCCCGCCGCCGAGUGCAACCAGGAGAAGAAGACCCACUCCUGCGAGGAGUGCGGCAAGCUGUACACCACCAUCGGUGCCCUCAAGAUGCACAUCCGCACCCACACCCUGCCCUGCAAGUGCCCCAUCUGCGGCAAGGCCUUCUCGCGCCCCUGGCUUCUGCAAGGACACAUCCGCACCCACACCGGCGAGAAGCCGUUCGAGUGCCCCGAGUGCCCACGCUCCUUCGCCGAUCGCUCCAACCUGAGGGCCCACCAGCAGACCCACGUGGAUGUCAAGAAGUACGCCUGCCAGGUGUGCCACAAGUCCUUCUCGCGCAUGUCCUUGCUGAACAAGCACACCAGCUCCAACUGCUCCGUAUCCUCGGCGUAGGCAUUCCCUUGGAGUCUUUCAAAAAAAGUAUACAAACAUUCCGCUGGCGAAGACCAAGAACAAGAACAGACAAUAACCUAAAAUAGUCUAUACUAAGUCGAUUCGGUUUUGGUGCUACUAUUAUUAUUAUUAUUAUUUCAUAGCUACUCUCAUUAUUAUAGCUAUUUAUUUUAGUUUUUCGUAAGUUCGUGUAUAUUUCAACAUUGUCACAAGCAGCAUUUGACCAAAUCUACUCAUUACCCAUUUAAUUUUUAAUAUUAUUUAUGUAAACCUAUACCCAUUAUAUAAUUGUU